AUGGUUAGCGCCGCCCUCCCAGAGAAGUUUUCCCUCAUUACAGAGGGCCAAAUUCUCGGCCAGCCCGUAGCCGUUGCAACAACGCCCGCACCGGUGUCUCCCCUCCAACUUUACGUUGCCGGCCUCUCUUGCGCCGGCUGCAUCCCGGCUAUUGUCGGCGCCCUCACCCCGCUUUCGCACAUCUCCUAUGUCACGGUUUCCUUGCACGAUCAGCCCGGCCGCGUCUCCACCCUCUCGCUUCAACUGAAUGACACCGCUGGCGCUGACGAUGUUGUCGCUGCAGUGCGUUCCGCGCUUCCCAAGCAGUUCUCCAUUGUGUCUGCCCCGGGCGAUGCCGCGGUUGAGGAUAAGGCCGCAACGCAGGACGACGUCCUAUUUUCGAUCGGCGGCAUGACGUGCGCUGCAUGCGUCUCCAAAGUGCAGGACGUUCUGCGCACUUUGCCUGGCGUCAAGUCGGCGUCCGUGUCGCUGCUGACGGCGCGUGCAGUGCUGGAAGUUGACCGUGGCCGUUUCGACCCUGAAAAGACGAUGGAGAAGUUGAUGUCGUUGGGAUAUAAACUUACCGAUGUCACACAGGGUGCUGUGCAGACGGAUGAAGUGUUCCUGAGAUUCUCGACUCUAGACAAGGCACGGAAGGCGGUCGAAAUCCUCAAUGAUUCCUCUCUGGCGACCGCCAUGUUGCAAAAAGAGGCCCACCAUCUCCGUUUUCUUUUCAUCGGAGCAUUUGUUUGUACCCUUCCGGUGGCGCUUUGCACGAUGCUGUUCGCGCGGGUCGACGUGCUCGGGUCCGGCUUCCGCGUCGUGGAUAUCAUCGCGUUUGUGCUUGCCACGCCAGUCCAGUUCCUCUUUGGCUUUCGUUUUUACAGAGGUUCAUGGUACUCACUGAAGCAGCGCAGGGCGAACAUGGACUUGUUGAUCGCAUUGGGGACUUCCAUAGCCUACUUCUUCAGCAUCAGGAGGGGUCUAGAAGUCACGGAGGAUGCGAUGGCAUUUGAGACAUCGUCGUUGCUGAUCACGAUUGUGCUGUUCGGGAAAUGGAUGGAGACGGUGGCCAAGAAGAAGACCACGGCAGGAGUAGAGUCACUCACCAAGCUCGCACCCUGCCUCGUCACAUUGGUGUCCAAGCCGCCUUCAUCGCAACCGAUUUACUCUGAACCAGUCAAUGCGGAGCUGGUGUCGGUGGGUGACCACUUCCAGGUCAAUCCCGGGUCAUCGUUCCCCCUGGACGGUGCGGUGCAAGCAGGGGAAACGACGGUGGAUGAAUCCAUGCUCACCGGAGAGUCGUGGCCAGUGCGCAAGGGCCCCGGGGAUGCCGUGUACGCUGGAACUGUGAACGGUAGUGGUGCGGUCGUGGUGCGUUGCACAGCCAGCGACUCGGACUCGAUGCUGGAGAAGAUCAUCGAGCUGGUGAAACGGGCGCAAGAUUCGCGCGCCCCAAUCGAAGCUGUGGCCGACAAGGUCUCAGCUAUAUUCGUGCCGGUCGUGCUUAUCGUCGCCGCAGUAAUCCCAGGCGACUGGGCAGACGGUGAAGGCAACGUGCUCUUCGCGCUGUUGUUUGGUCUUUCUGUGCUCGUAAUCUCAUGUCCGUGCGCAUUUGGCCUGGCGACACCGACCGUGGUGAUGAUGGCGACGAGCAUAGGGGCACAAAAGCUGGGCAUCCUGUACAAGGACGGCGGCGAGGCGUUGGAGGCGGUGCACAGGGUGCAAACUGUUCUCUUCGACAAAACGGGGACAUUGACAGUCGGAAAGCCUGUUGUGACGCGCGCCUCCUCGCUUGCACUCUCCGCCGAUGACGAAACCAUGCUCUCCAGCUUGGACGACACGGCCCCCGAUGAAACCCUCCUCCACAUCAUCGGGGCAGCUGAGUCGUUCUCCGACCAUCCCCUUGCCCAGGCAAUUGCCUCAUACACCGCGGCUCACACUGCACAGAGCAUACGCCUCAAGGAUUCGCUCAAGGACUCGCCCACGCUCUCCUCGCACCAAGCCGUGCGCGAGGUGCGCAUCGGUGAGGCGGCAUGGGCGCUGUCCUCUACCGACCAUACGCUGUCACACGGCGUGCAGCAGAUUCUCAACGGCUGGGAAGAGAGCGGCAAGACAGUGGUACUCGCGUGCGUGCCGCGGCACGGUGUGGUGUCGUUCGGCAUCGAAGACGCAGUGCGCCCCGACAGCGCGGCCGUGAUCGCACAUCUACAAGCGCGCGGCGUGCGGUGCGGGAUGGUGACGGGGGACAGUGCGGGCACAGCACGUGCGGUGGCGCGGCAAGUGGGGAUCGCGGACGAAGACGUGCACGCGCGCGCGCUGCCCGGCGACAAGGUGCGGGUGGCGGAGGCGGGGCGUGGCGGGGACGGGGUGGCGUUCGUCGGGGACGGGAUCAACGACGCCGGGGCGCUGGCGGCCGCGUGCGUGGGCGUAGCGAUGGGGAGCGGGAGCCAGAUAGCGGCGGAGAAGGCGGGGAUCGUGGUGAUGCGGGAUGGCGUGUGGGGCGUGGCCGUGGCACUGGACUUGGGGCGGUGCGCGUUCCGGCGAAUACAGAUCAACUAUCUGUGGGCGCUGGGGUUCAACUCGCUGGCGAUUCCGCUCGCGGGCGGGGCGCUGUUCCCCGUGAUCGAGCGGCGCAUCCCGCCGUUCGUGGCGGCGGCGGCCAUGGGGCUCAGCUCGCUCACCGUCGUUGGGUCGUCGCUCGCGCUGAGACUUUAUAAGCCGCCCGUGUUCGAGGCGCGGGAUAGGCUGACGGAAGUCGUGGACGCGUGA